AUGGUAUCACUAAAACAGUUUAGAAAAAUACUUUCCAAUUCCCUUACCUUGGUUGCAGCGUCGUUAGUUUUCGUUUCAAUACAAAGUGUGUAUGCCAUCAUACCCAGAUCGGGACAUGGCACAGUACUUUUAAAUAACAAAUUAUAUGUCUUUGGUGGAAAGGUAGGCGAAUCGAGUAGUUCUUUGGAUGUAUUAGAUAAUUCAAAUGAACUUCUCAUUCUCGAUAUGAAGAUACCUUUUUCGGUAUCGAACCCUUCAUGGACAACUUAUAAUGUAGGCCCUAGAGUUGCUUACCAUACAAUUAGCAUAGGUGGACCACAAAACGAGCUUUUAGUGUUGUAUGGUGGUAUAUAUUUUGACCGUGAUGUUGAUCCAUUGUAUUAUUAUAAUACUUCGGAUCCAUCUCCUGUAUGGAUUAAAGCCAACCUAAGUUUAGGGUUGCAACGAAUGCAGCACACCGUUGUUACAAGAUUAAGUGAUUCCAUGAAUUAUUUCUUUGGCGGCAUACCAAAUGUAUUAAGUCCUUCUGAACCAGCAAUACUUACCUUACAAGAAUUAAUUAAUUUGGAUACCAGGAAAAACAUUUGGAAUGUUUUAAAAUUAGAUCAAAAUACGCCAUCAGGAAGGUAUCAACAUACCGCAACAAUUUUUUCUGAUGGAAAAAUGUAUUUAACUGGAGGUGCUAUCAAUAAUCCUAAUAAUAUAACGAAUGAAACAUUGGUAGACAUGAAUCAAAUUUACGUUUAUGAUACGAUGAAAUCGAGAUGGGAUUAUCAGGUUGCUAUUGGUAAUAUGCCAUUACCACGUAGAGAGCAUGCUGCAGUAGGAACUCAUGACGGUAGAUUGAUCAUUCAUGGUGGUGUCAGUCAAGAUUAUAAUACGAUAUAUGAUGAUAUCGCGAUUUUGGAUGUUACGAAACUACCAUACACUUGGACCGUUAUUGAAGCAAAGGGCAUUAAACCUCAAGCAAGAUAUUCUCAUACUGCUACAAUGGUUGGAACUAAUUUGUUGGUUGCAUUCGGCGUAACAGGAUACCUAACAAACGGUCGUGCUCUUGCAGAUAAUUACACCUAUAUACUUGAUACAAAAACAUUCACUUGGAUAGAUCAAUAUACCCCUGAAAAUUUGGAAUUUACUGAUACAGCACCUUCUAGUAACACUCAUACUGGAUUUGGUAUUCCUAAUAAUAUUUCAACAAACACGAUGCGUAAAACUCCAAUUGCAUUAAUACUUGGUUUAACGAUAGGAUCCAUAACGGUUCUUUCGUUGAUUGGUGGUUUAUUUUGGUUUUAUCGCAAACGAAAACAAAAUUCAUCUUACAGAUUGUACAAUUCGGGUACAAACGAUAGAGAGCAAAUGUCAAAUCAAGUCAUAUUGACUUGA